AAAACCUAAGUGCUGGGCAAGUACAAACAUAUCCUGCGGACUGAGGCUAUAAGCAACGCCAUCGAGUUGCUAAAACUGGACAAUUUACGAUGUAGAGGAAUUAAGACUGGUUUGUAACCAGCGGUAGUUUCUGAAGAAAAGAGAUUCGCGAACUUGGUUUAAAAAAAUAAACGGACCCUUAGUUGGAACUCAAAAAACAAAGAUAUCGCCAUCAUCGAGAGCAAAGAUAAAGAAGGAGUCCGUUUUCCGUCAGUGAUCUCUUUUACAUCUGGAUACGCCGUCCAAUGAAUACAGAUGUUUCGAAAGCUCUGGAUAUGAACGAGAGCUGACAAAGACCGCUGAAAAAACAAAGAUUCCAUCAUUCUUGCGCAAAAUAGACUGGACACAUUCUGGAACGAUGGAUGCACAGAAAGUGAUGAAAGAAGGAUUGCUGGAGAAAAGGAGCAACGGACUGCUGCAGCUGUGGAAGAAGAAACGUUGCGUUUUGACGGAAGAUGGACUCCGCUUAUAUGAAUGGAAGCGCAGUGGUAGCGGCGCGUCUGGCUCCGGCUCCAAAGCAAAGGAGCUGCGCUUUGAACGGAUGGCCACUGUGGACUGUGUCGAGUACAAGCGAGGACUGGUCUACUUCACUGUUGUCAUGGCAGGAGGCAAAGAGAUUGAUUUCAGGUGCCAACAGGAGGGGACUGCCUGGAACGCAGAGAUAGCCCUUGCCUUGGUACGGUUUAAAAACCUCCUUGCCGUGCAGACUGGAAGGACCAGACAUCUGUCACAUCUGGGCAGCACUGGGGAAGGCGAGACGCCCGAGUCGUGGUGAAAAGGGAAGUUAUUUGAUGAAGGCUUUUCUGACCCUGGGCCUGGAAUAGGAUCUGAGAUGGUGAGAGCUCUGUCAGAGGGAACAGGACUAAAGGAUGUUUGGCUUACCCGCAUGGUAUAUCGCAUUUCUUUAGCGUUGUCUCGGAGGGCUGGACACUGACGCCACGGGAACAGCGCCCAGUUCUGAGCAUGCUUGUUUGCUUCCUGUCCGUCCACACCCUGCUUUGCUGGAAAUUGACCACUGACGCAAAACUCCUCGGAGUUCCAAGCAAGGGGAAAGAAUCAAGUGUGUGAAACUCCCAUGGUGCAAUGCUAGGAAGAAAAAAAUAUCCAAUAUCCAGGGACUGGACACUCCAUUGAUGGCUGCUUUUUACAGUAAAACCUAUUUUAUUUGUCAGUAUGAGUUAAUUCACUUAGCAUACAACAAAACGUGUUUAUUUAGUGUUCCUUUGCUGUGUUUAUGCGAGCAAAAGGACAUGGGCCUCUCUGUGAUUCACGCCAUGUACUAUGUUUCUUUUCAAUAAAAUCUUGAGCUACUAGUACAAGAUGGGCUUAGAAGGUGUUUUUGCAAUUUAAUCAUUUUGGCCUACAUGAAGCCUUUGGCUGAGGGCAGAGAAAGUAGAGAAUGACAGCCUUUCUUGAACAAUGCACCUGUAGUUUCCUUGAACGGAAAUUCCACGGUCUUGGAAUUUGUGGGGAAUUCUGUCUUCUCCAGAAUCUUAAUGUCGUAACGUGUGACCCCCGAGGUAAAUUUCAACCAAAACUUUUUGACCGUCAGAAAACACACUCAAAGUGUUCUUGCCCAUACCCUUGGUGGUGACCCGGCAAAAAUGUAUUAUACAAUACAAAACGUAUUG